AAAGUAUUUGAAGAUGAAACUUUAUUAGUAUUAUCAGAAGCUGUAGAUUUUGCUAUAGAUAUGAUCAUAUUAAAUAAUGAAGAUAAACAAGAAUUUGUUGAACAACAAGAAAAUGAUGAGAAUUAA